AUGCAAAUCUUUGUUAAGACUUUGACAGGAAAAACUAUUACUUUGGAGGUUGAGAGUUCAGAUACUAUUGAUAAUGUGAAAACUAAGAUUCAGGAUAAGGAAGGGAUCCCUCCAGAUCAGCAGAGGCUUAUCUUUGCAGGGAAACAACUUGAAGAUGGAAGGACCCUUGCGGAUUACAACAUUCAAAAGGAGUCCACCCUUCAUUUGGUGCUUAGAUUGAGAGGUGGAAUGCAAAUCUUUGUUAAGACUUUGACAGGAAAAACUAUUACUUUAGAGGUUGAGAGUUCAGAUACCAUUGAUAAUGUGAAAACUAAGAUUCAGGAUAAGGAGGGUAUCCCACCAGAUCAACAAAGGCUUAUCUUUGCAGGGAAACAACUUGAAGAUGGAAGGACCCUGGCUGAUUAUAACAUCCAGAAGGAAUCAACUCUCCAUCUGGUUUUGAGGCUUCGUGGUGGGAUGCAAAUUUUUGUGAAGACCCUUACCGGGAAGACCAUAACUUUGGAGGUUGAAAGUUCUGAUACAAUUGAUAAUGUGAAGACCAAAAUUCAGGACAAAGAGGGAAUUCCUCCAGACCAGCAGAGGCUAAUUUUUGCUGGUAAGCAAUUGGAGGACGGUCGUACUUUGGCUGAUUACAAUAUUCAGAAGGAAUCUACUCUACACUUGGUUUUGAGGCUUCGUGGUGGGAUGCAAAUAUUUGUGAAGACACUUACUGGGAAAACUAUUACCUUGGAGGUGGAAAGCUCUGACACUAUUGAUAAUGUGAAAACAAAAAUACAGGAUAAGGAGGGUAUUCCACCUGACCAGCAGAGGCUUAUUUUUGCAGGAAAGCAGUUGGAGGAUGGCCGUACCUUGGCAGAUUACAAUAUUCAGAAAGAAUCAACCCUACACCUUGUUCUUCGUCUCCGUGGUGGAUUCUAA